GUUGUUGUGAAUCAGGAAGCACUGUUCUUUCAAAAUUGGGCGUGUUGUACAACGUUAACAGAUAAAUAAAUUGCCCUCUUUUACUAAUAAGCUUCUUUAAAACGUGACUUACAGCUAUAUACAGUUCAACAAAUACCUUCCUCGGCAAAGGGCAAAGAAAAGAAGACCUUCUGUAGCAGGAUCCUGCAUGGUGGCCGUGUUGUGCAGAGAUGGCGUUGGAGGAAGGGGCACGGAGCUGUCUGCUGCGCUUUCGCCACAGACUGGAGCAGGACAUAAAGCCCUCCUACCUGAUGGACCAUAUGAUCAGUGAUGGUGUGCUGAGUGUGAACGAGGAGGAGAGAAUCAUGAACCAGCCCACCAGGAAGGAUCAGGCUGUGGCCCUGCUGGAGCUGCUGCUUAGGAAGGACAACCGUGGCUACAUCUCCUUCUACAAUGCCCUGAUCAAGGAGGCAUACAAUGAUUUGGCCAAUCUGCUACAUUAUGACCUACCGCAGACGUUACCCGGUGCAUAUAAAAGCUCCUCUGAUGGCUGCACAUCUUAUGUCCAGACAGUGCUCAGUGAAGGUGGCGUACCACAGAGGCCCGUGGUGUUUGUGAGCCGGCCAGAGUUUGUGAACCGCGUCAGGGAGAAACUCUACCGGCUGCAGAAAGAGCCUGGCUGGGUCACUGUCUUCGGCAUGGCUGGCUCGGGCAAAUCCGUCCUGGCGGCUGAGGCUGUCAGACACCAUGGACUCAUCGAAGAGUGCUUUCCCGGAGGGAUCCAUUGGCUGUCCAUUGGCCAGCUGGACAAACCAGACUUAAUGGUGAAGAUCCAGUCAUUGUGUUUCCGUCUUGAGCAGAGCCUGGAUUCCCCCUCCCUCCACCGGCCCCCCAACUCUCUGGAUGAGGCCAAGGAGCGCCUGCGCUACCUCACUCUGCGCAGAUAUCCAAGAUCUCUGUUGAUUCUAGAUGAUAUCUGGGACAGCACAGUACUAAAGGCGUUUGAUAUCCACUGUCGGAUACUUUUGACCACCAGAAAUAGAAGCCUCGCUGACUCUGUUAGUGGUGCCAAAUAUGAGGUGGAAGUGGAGAGUGGUCUGGAUGAAAAGAAGGGACUUGAGAUUCUUGCUCUGUACACUAACACUAAACUCCACGGACUUCCUGAGGAAGCUCGCAGCAUAGUCAAAGAAUGCAAAGGUUCCCCUCUGGUGGUGUCCCUGAUCGGGGCUCUUCUCAAAGAGAAACCCAAUCGUUGGCGUUACUACCUCAACCAGCUGCAGCAGAAGCAGUUCAAGCGUAUAAGGAAGUCAUCGUCUUACGACUACGACGCCCUAGACCAAGCCAUGGAUGCGAGCAUUGAAGUCCUACCUGACGAACAUCGAGAGCUCUACAAGGACCUUAGCGUGUUAGAGAAGGACAUCAAAGUCCCUGCAAAGGUGCUGUCUGUUCUGUGGGACCGGGAGACUGAGCAGGUGGAGGACAUUCUCGAGGAGUUUGUCAACAAGUCUCUGCUUUUUGUGGACAGUAACAAUAAACCCUACCUGUACUACCUCCAUGACCUCCAGCUGGACUUCCUGGUGGAGCAGAAUUGCACCCAGCUCGAGAGCCUCCACAGUAAGGUGGUGCAUCAGUACCAGCAGCACUACAGAGAUGGUCCUCCCACCUCAGGAGAUGAGGAAUGUCUCUACUGGAUCAGAUUCCUGACCCACCACAUGGCCAAAGCCAACCUCUCCCAGGAGCUCUACUCCCUCAUGUUUUCUCUGGACUGGGUUAGCAUCAAGGCCCAGAUCAUGGGCCCAGCUCACCUAAUCAAUGACUAUGUGGAGUAUGGACCCAUUCUGGACAAAGAGAACAGUGAAGUGCGCAGUCAAUUCCAGGAGUUUCUCUCUCUGAACGGCCACCAGUUGGAACAGCGUCCUUUCCCUGACGUGGUGCAGCUUGCUCUGUCUCAGCCACAAACCUCCGAGGUCUACAGACAGGCUCUGCUGCAAGCACAGGGCCGGGCCAGCACGGGGAAACUCUACUUUGACUGGCUGAAUAAGAGCAGCGUAGAGAAUCUGUCCCGUCUGGUGAUCCACCCACACCAGGGCUCCAUCUACUCCGCCUGCUUCUCCCACGAUGGAGCCAAGAUCGCCUCCAGUGGAGCCAGCAAGACACUAAAGGUGUUUAAAAGCACCUCAGGUGAGAAGCUCACAGAGAUCCAGGCCCAUGAUGACGAGGUGCUCUGCUGUGCCUUCUCCCCUGACGACCGUCUACUAGCAACCUGCUCCAGUGACAGGAAAGUCAAGGUGUGGAACGUGGAGCGAUCCAUGCUGCUGAGGGUCUUUGAGGAGGAGCAUGAAGAGCAGGUCAACCACUGUCAGUUUACCAACACGACACAACGCGUCCUGCUGGCCACCUGCUCCAACGACAAGUUCUUGAAUGUCAAGCUGUGGAACCUCAACAAGCCAUCCUCCCAGAACACCAUGUUUGGCCACUUUGAGCCAGUCAACCACUGCUGUUUCUCUCCUGAUGACACCUAUUUGUCCACUUCCUCCAACGACGGUACCGUCAAGCUAUUUCAGGUGUCGUCUGCCAAUGAGUGGAAGACAAUCAACGUGAGAAACAUGUUUGCAGAGAGUGAUGAAGAGGUCCUUGUCAAGUGCAGCACCUGGACUGCUGAUGGCAAACACAUCAUAUGUGCAGCCAGGAACGCUGCUCUGGUGUUUGAUGUGGAGACAUCGGACAUGUUGUUGGAGAUCAGAACGAAUCGUCUGAGCACGGUGCAAUACUGUCACGCCUGUUCUACCAGUAACCUGCUGGCGAUCGCAUUCUCAAACUACGCUGUGGAGCUGUGGGACUUGGAGGCCAAUAAGAAGAUGGCUGACUGCAGCGGGCACCUGAGCUGGGUCCAGCGUGUCCAGUUCUCUCCUGACGGCUCACAGCUGCUCUCCUGCUCUGACGACCAGACUGUCAGGUUAUGGGAGACUAACAAGGUGCACACCUCCUCAGCUGUCUGCCUAAAAAGAGACUCAGACGUUCUCUUCUAUGAUGAAGAAAUCAUCGUGUCAGCUGCAGAUAACUGCAACAGACUGCAGGUGCGUGAUGGCAGGACAGGAUCAGUGCUGUUCCAGUCGGAGGAGAAGUCGUCCAGGAUCCGGUGUACGUGUAUGUGCAGACAGCCCUCUGCUGUGGCCCUGGGCCAGGAAGAUGGCACUGUACAGACAGCAGGGCUGACAGCUAGAAAGGUACUGAGGACACUUGGCUGCAGGAUCCAGCGACUGUUGACCUCUUUCAGGGGUUUGAUUCUGGCUGUAGGGCUAUGCACAGGCAGCGUGCAGGUAUUGGAGGUGCCCUCUGGGAAGAUCCUAGCCACUCUGCUGGGACACACCAAGACGGUGCUGCACUGCCGGUUCAGCCACAAUGGCCAAACACUGAUCACAUCCUCCGAGGACACCACCAUAAGGGUGUGGAGGUGGCAGUCUGGGGAGUGUAAAGUACUUCAGGGUCACAAGGAACAGGUCCGAUGCUUCUCUCUGCUCUACACCUUGCCCGUCGACACAAGAUUGCUGUCCUGGUCCUUCGAUGGCACUGUCAAGAUGUGGGACCUAGAAAGUGGAGAGAAGAUGCAGGACAUCCAGGCUCAUCGGGGAGCCAUCCUGUCCUGUCAUGUAUCGCCAGAUGGAUGCCUCUUCGCCACCACCUCUGCUGACAAGACUGCUAAGUUGUGGCAGUGUGAGUCCUGGCAGUUUGUCCACACCCUGAGCGGCCACCAAGACUGUGUCCGAAGCUGCCGAUUCUCCUGGGACAGCCAAUGCCUUGCAACAGGAGACGACAACGGAGAGAUUCGGCUCUGGAGUGUCAAGGACGGCUCUUUGCUGAGGAUUUGUUCCCGUGACGGGAAGGACGGCAUGGAUUCACUCCACGGAGGCUGGGUGACCGACCUGCACUUCUCCCCAGACAACUCUCUUCUGGUCUCGACUGGCGGUUACGUCAAGUGGUGGGAUGUGGAGAAAGGCGAGGCCCUGCAGACCUUCUUUCCGACCGGAACAGCGUUGAAGAGGAUCCACGUCUCAGCCGACUUCUCUACCUUUGUCACCAUUGACAGUAUCGGCAUUCUCUACAUCCUGGAGAGGGUAGUGUGAGAAGGUGCCAACUCUGCUCCAAAAGACCACAAAAAAGAAAGGAACAAAACACCAUAAUGGAACCAAACACUAGGUGUGUCCCCGACUAAGAAUUUACAUAGUAGAAUCAGAUUUGUCAAGUCUUGCCUAUCACCGACUGAUAGUGGAAUUAGGGGGCUGACUACAGUGAUGAAAUAUUCAGUUGUGAUAAGAUGGUGUGUGUAAAGCUCCUUUUUGUAUGAAAACAUGCAACUGAUUAGAACACAGACAUAAAAAGAGUAGCUCCUUAUUGUAUAAGUGUUGCAGGGGUGUAGAAGAUUAAUUGAAAGAGGUUUGGAGCUUGGGCACUCGUGUGUCACCUUAGCAGUUAGCAGCUGGCCCCCUGUGAUGAGAAGCGGAGCGCACGGAGCAAAAGUCUGCUGUCCUGCAGCGCACACUCUAUACUUCUUUCACAAUCCUCUUGUCAUGAAUUUUGUUCUGCCACAAACGCAAGCGUUGCCUCUUUUUGGAUAUUGGAUAUGUGGAUUUGGUAAUCAUUGGGGUGGACGGAUCAUAUUGAGAAGAUGUAUUAAAAGCUUCUUUCUUUUCACAUUUUUAUUUACAGCAUUAUAUGUUGAUAUUUAUGUCAUAAUAUGCUGUAUAUUAACUUAUUGGGAGAAAACAGGUAGUUAUAUGGGUUAGGGUUAGGCAUAACGCCUCUGCGAAGAUUGGACUGUGAGAUUGCCAGUCAAAUCAGGCUCCUUUGAUCGAAGCAUCGAUUAUUCCACUAUUCGGGGCCAUCCCACCCCUACCUUACAGGCUGUACACAGACGUAGACAUGUUUUGUUCCAUUAAGGACACUUGCAGGAAGCUAAACUGAAAGCUGCGGCAUCCCAGAACUAAACAUUUCUCAGAUACUACGUUUACAUUUCCACUGCACUAUUUCUUCAGCCUUACGAUAGAGCAUUACAGACAUUCAGUUUCACUUCUGACUCGCUAACUUGACUCUACCGGUUUACACCAGCUUUAAAUGAAAAACUGCUGAUCAACUGUUGGGAGUGUAGAUGCACCAUGACUGCUCAAAGAGUCUUAAGAUUCCUGCUCUAGUCCCUCUGUUUUACACAUAAAGGAAGUAAAUGCAAAGACAUGGAUUUUGUAGAUAAAAUAGAGCAGAAUCUCUUAUAAAAAAACAAGGAAAGGUGCAUUAAAAACACAACAGCCAGCGUUUGUGACGAUCAGGUCUUCUCGAGCAGAUCUUUUAAAUAAUUAAUACCUAGUAAAUAGGUUAAUAUCAACAGGUUACGGAUAUGUCAUGCUUGCAUCAAAUGUGAAUCAUAAAUGUUAAUCUAUAUUGCAUUAGGGCUAAACAUAAUUGAAUGUGAUCUGAGAGAUUUUCCAGUCUGCUGUAUGUGAUCGAUAUACAGAAGCUAUGGUGCAUGUCAUGGAAUUGACUUGUUUAUGCUGUGAUGGUUUUGAACUUUAAUUCUUUUUUUAUGUUUGUGUUUUGAGGGCAAAUCUUCUGUGUCUGUUUAUUGACACUGCAGCCUUAGUCUAAAUGUGACUACUGUAGGUACUGGAGGGUAUGUAUGUUUUGUGUAUAUGGAUUCAAUCCACCAGCGUAGAUAACAUUUUUGGUGCACUUUCAUAAGCAUUAAAAAUUGAUAGAUAGAUUAAGCUUUAAUGAUGAGGCAUUUAAAUUUGAAUCUGAAAUCUUUUGAAAGCCUGUGAGUCCAUUUGUACACCUGAACAAUUUGUACUUUGAACUUAGAUCAAAGGUAAAUGUUUUCUACAGGAAAAUGGCAGACUGAUGUAUAAUUUAUAAUCAAAUGUCCACACGCUAAUGUUAAAAGGCACUUUUUUUCACACAUUUUUAUCUGCAUGUUGUCAAACUACUGAGCCUUUUCCUGUUCUGAGCACUUUGAAGCAGGAGUUACAAUCUUUCAUACAGUCUUUGCUGAUAUAGCUUUGUUCAGACGCAUUAAAAUGGAUCCUUGCUUUGAUUUGACAAUACAAAUGAGUGCUUAUUCUUAAAUAUGUGACCGAGAGAUUACAGCUUGCCUAUCAAACCUAUUCAUUGCAGUGAUCCAGACUACAGGUCCAUUAGGAGACAAUAAAUGAAUAAAUGUAAGGAUGCACAUUUUUUAACAAUGCUGUUGCCUUUUUCAUGUUGUGCUCUUCCUGGUUGGUGCUUUAACGUCUCUCUAACAAAAUUCCUGAAAUAUUGAUUUCUGCUCAGGAUGGGUUGAUAACAAUGUGAGUGUAAUUUAUAAAAGAUUAAACUACACACACUAUGAUCAUAA